AUCACACCAUCAGUCGUGCGGGGUCUGCCAUAGAGAGAAGGUCCUCAGACACGAUACAUCUGACUCCAAGCUGACCAAGAAGGUAGACACCUACAUAAUGGGGUCACCACAACACCUGGGCAACGCUGUGAGGAGACAGGUGAUACGGACAGUAAUGCUGGCAGGUGCGAUGACCGUGUGCUGGUGGUUCAUAUACAGUAGUGGCAACAGCGUACAGCUUCUCACAGCACUGCCACAGCAUCAACAGCAAUCUGUCUCAACACCCUUUGAGAUCUUCAACACCAGCCAAGACGAGAUACAUCACGAGAGUUUGUCACGAAUUUAUGAACUGUCUCUUGAAGGUACCAAUAAACUGUCGAAUUUGGUCAACACUUUACACAGUCGAGUUGACAGAAGUGCAGAAGGUGGUGAUGUGUUGGAGGUGAACACGACAGCUCCCUCCUGGCGAUUGUGGGAUGAUGAUGACCCAGUAGACAACCCUUGUGUCAACUAUGAGACGAGGUUCGGUUGUGGGCUGGUGCGGGUGUGGCUGACGUCCUUCCCACGCUCUGGCAAUACCUGGACGCGCUACCUGCUGGAGGCGGCGACGGGGAUCUUCACAGGCUCCGUGUUUAAUGACAAAACACUGUACCGCUCUGGGUUCCUGGGAGAGAUUGACCGUGUUGACAGUGGGAGGACCUUGGUGCAGAAGACACACGGCCUUGGUCUCUACUCCAGCGGCCUUCGUAACCUACAGGAGAGGUAUGAUGCUGCCAGCCCUAACCAGCCUACCAUCCUGCUUCUCCGUAACCCAGCCAGGGCAAUUGUCUCCUACUGGGAAUACAUAUGUGCACAAGACAAGAAGCAUACAGCCGUUGUAUCUGACAACAGGAUAUUUGACAACAAAUUUUUCCACUUGUAUGUCAAGAAGGCAAUCUCGUCGUGGGAGGAGCUGGCACUGGAUAGGUUGUUGUGGUGUAAGCAACCUCUCUAUGUCCUCCACUAUGAACACCUCGUCCAAAACACCACGUACCAGCUCCAUCAAUUAUUGGACUUUCUCGGGGUACCGGUGGAUGAGGGUAGGAUGGCCUGUGUGUCCAGCCACCCAAUGGGAGCUUUUAAGAGGAACAAUACUAAGGUGAAUGACCCCUUCACCCAGGAGGAGAAGAAGAUGAUGUCCAACACUGUCAGCAGAAUCACUCGGCUGUUGUUCGCUCUGGGCUACCCACAGCCUCCUGUCUAUGAGGGUCUGUCUUAGAUCCUUGCGUGGUGCUGUCAUUACUGCAACUUUUGGACUGCACAUAAACAUCCCAUCAGUGAAUCUUUUUUUUAACUAGAAAACAAACUAUUGACACACACAUAUACUGUACGCCAUCUACAGGAUAGGAUAAUUAAGACCACACGUUUUACUUUUAUCGUAUACAUAUAUUAUACUGGAUAAUACAUAUAUACCUGUAUAUAGUGAGCCUCAUAAUUCAAAAUAGUUCAAUGUAUACUUGAUAUACAAAUAAAGAAAGCUCUCAAGAUAUAUAUAUAUAUAUUUGUUUUGUUAUGGUAAGUGUGUAGUGAAUAUUGCUCUGUAAAGUGUUUUGGUAGCUGUGUUACACUUCUUGGGGUACAGCUGGCUGGAGAUAUUGGAAUAACUGGCUAGAUAUGGUGGUACAGCUGGCUAGUGAUGUUCAACACCCAGCUGUACUGGCUUGAUAUGGUGGUACAGCUGGCAAGUGAUGUUCAACACCCAGCUGUACUGGCUAGAUAUGGUGGUACAGCUGGCUAGUGAUGUUCAACACCCAGCUGUACUGGCU